AUGAAUUACCCAGAGGACACUUCGCACAUGACCAAAUGGAUCUUCAAAAGCAAAAAAGAGGUAGACGAAAUAUGCCUAAAAAAGUACAACGAUUUUAAGGAGAAAUUUAAAGAUCACAAUGUGAGCAUCCCGAAAUAUGCCGAAAUUGAAAAAACGAAGCUUUACUUCUGUUACCAACUGACGCACUUUUGCGAAAUAAAAAGACUCAAGCCACAAAUAGUGGAAUGCGCAAUUGUGCUGUACAACAGAUUUUACUUAAAAGAAAUUAUAUUGGAAUAUGACCCACCUAUAAAGUUGGAAGGAUAUGGACGAUUAUACAAAAUGAACGAUUUUUUUAACGACAUUGACAUUAAUUUGGACAAAGUACUUGAACAUGAAAAUGUCGUUUGUUCAUCGCUAGAUUUUGAAAUCAAUUUUUUGUACACAAAAGAAAGUAUCUAUUACUUAAAAAGUAAGUUUUUAAAUUAUAUAAAUAAAUAUAUAAACAAAGAUAACGAAAUACAAAAUUCAUUUGAAAAUAUUUGCAAUCAAAUUUACGUCAACACAGUACAGGACUGCUUAAAAAUUAUCGAAAGUUUUGCCAUUACAUUUACUUAUACACCUGCACAAAUAGCAUUGUACUGCUUUGUAAAUAAUAUAAAAAUUAAUUUCAACAUAGUUAAUGCUGAUAAGUUUAUUCUAGAAUUUAUUACCAACAAUAAUCAAAUUCUUUUUCAAAAAUUGAAAAACAAAAUUGAUGAGCUCCAUGUAAGGUAUAAGGACCACCUCGAUUUGAGGAACACCUUUGACGAUGAGAACACAACUAGACAGAUCGGAGAAACAUUGGACAUGUGUAUUGAUAUUUACGAAAUUUUAAAAAAAAAAGUAGCAAAAAAUCGAAGAAGAAAAAGUUAA